CCUGUCAGCCUAUUCCAUCGCAUAAAGCAGCUCGUUUCCUUAACCUUUUCUCUCAGAACAAACAUGGCAAAGCGUUUGAUUCCUUCAUUUAAUCGCAUUUUGGUUGAGAAAAUAAUCCCUCCUUCCAAAACCAACUCUGGAAUCUUGCUCCCUGAGAAGACUCCCAAGUUAAACUCUGGUAAAGUGGUAGCAGUUGGACCAGGAGCACGAGAUAGAGAUGGGAAGCAUAUUCCAGUUAAUCUGAAGGAAGGGGAUACAGUCCUUUUGCCUGAAUAUGGAGGCACUGAAGUCAAGCUUGGUGAAAAAGAGUACCACCUAUAUAGAGAUGAUGAUAUCUUGGGAACCCUUCACGACUGAUUUGCAGCUUGGGACCGGAGAAUUGGAUUCUCUAAUUCAAAUAUGUUUACCUUUAGGAGACUACUAUUUUACAGUAUGCUUAAGACUUUAUUUGUUUGGAGGCGUUUUGGAUGGGAAAAAGGAAAUGUUGCUUGCGAUCUUCCAUCAAUAAUCUCUUCUUACAUUUCGGCGUAUGCCGCCUUAAGUUAUUCAUUGGAAUUUUCAUGU